UUGUGAAACCCAUAAAGGAUCUCUCUCUGUCUCUCUCUCUCUCUCUCUCUCGAAACCCGGAUGAAUCUGUCUUAGAUUCUUCUCCCAUAAGAAAGCUAAGCAGUAGAUCUAUCAUUCUCUUUCUAGAAUUCUCUGGACAGUGUGGAUACAAGAAGAAGCAGAUAACAUGUCGACGCCGGCGAAGAAGAGGCUGAUGAGGGAUUUCAAGAGGCUUCAGCAGGAUCCUCCGGCGGGCAUCAGUGGGGCUCCGCAAGAUAAUAACAUUAUGCUUUGGAACGCCGUCAUUUUUGGACCAGAUGAUACUCCAUGGGACGGAGGUACGUUUAAGCUGACUCUUCAAGUUACAGAAGAUUAUCCUAAUAAGCCUCCGACAGUUCGCUUCGUCUCACGAAUGUUUCAUCCAAAUAUUUAUGCAGAUGGAAGCAUUUGCUUGGAUAUUUUACAAAAUCAGUGGAGUCCUAUAUAUGAUGUUGCGGCCAUACUCACUUCCAUCCAGUCCCUGCUUUGUGAUCCAAAUCCAAACUCUCCCGCAAACUCUGAAGCAGCUCGAAUGUUCAGUGAGAAUAAGCGGGAAUACAACAGAAGAGUGCGUGAAAUAGUGGAGCAGAGCUGGACAGCUGACUGAGGACCUAUUUUAGGCUCCAAUGCCCCCUCAUAUGAAGAUUGAAGGGGGAAAAAAAGUGCAGGUGGUGGGCUCUUUUCGGGACCUCCUGUUAGAUGUUGGUGUACCUUAUUUUGCUUUCAAAUGCAUUGCUUGUAGAAACUUUGUCUGAAAAACUUCAUUUCUGCCUCCUAGACAGCUCAGCUAAAACUUAUUUUUCAAUUCUCUAUAUGCUUUCUUUCAUUUGGCUUCUUCUGUGGCAUGUGCAUAACAGCAUAAGAUAGUAGUGGUCUUGUUUGGUUGUGGACUUGUGGUUGUGAGAAAGUGGGGAAGUUGUUUGUAAUC